AUGAUUCGAUCACCAAAUGGCAAUGAAUCAAAAUACAACUCACAACCAGACUUGUCCAGAAGGACGGAAGAAGAAAGUAAUGUUAGUAUCCGUAAAAGAAAAAAAAUGGACCACGACUGUGACUGCAAAGCUGAGAUACAAGGACUACGCAGUGAGGUAUCGCGUAUGAAUAAUCUAUUAGAAAAUUUCGUUAUAUCACAGGAGAAAUUAAUGACCGAUAUGCGUGAAAAUAUAAAAACAUUGAACGAAGAGAUCAAAGAUAUCAAAUCCUCGACUUCGGGGAUAGUAAAAGACCAGGACAACAUCAAAGGAUGUAUAACAGAUUUAAAUAGCAAAUUUUCUACGCACGAAGACAGGCUCACUUGUCUUGAAGGUAGUCUCAAGACAUCUACCACUACUACCAUUGAUUCAUCAGAGCCGAAUCAGUUGAGGAAAUAUGAAGAAAUAAUUCAAGAAAUUAAAGAGAGAAAAAAGAGAGAAAAAAAUAUUAUUAUAGUUGGCAUAUCAGAACAGACUGCUACCAGUACUGAGGAGAGGGUUGCAAAAGACGAAGCUGAGGUUUUAAACAUAACAGCCGUGGACUCCGUUUAG